AUGGAUGGGAACGACUGCAGCUCGAGCUCGACCAGCCCCAGCAGCAUCGUCGAACCGGCGACUCGGUCGCUCUUCUCGGUCGACGACUCGUCCAGCCCGACUUCGGCGCUGCCCUCGACCGAUUCCGACGCCGAGUCCGACGCAGGAUCCGACUACUCGACCGCAUCGAGCGAAUACAUUGCACCCCUCUCUGGCCAUGCCCCGGACCCUUCGAUCGACGGCUCGAGCGUCGACGGCGGUGGGCACUCGUCCGGUGCGAACGGUGGCGGGAUUCGGCCCGAGUCGGAAGCCGAGCUCGGUCCGGACGCCAAGAAGGUAAGCAGCUUCGGCAGACCCGUGGACGACUGGCCUCGAUUUUUGUGUUCUCGUACACGAUCGCCUCGCCUCCUCCGGCUUCGCCUCGCCGAUCGGAUGCCAUCGCUACGUUCGCAUCGCGCUCGAUCGAUCGCCUUCGCAAUCCGACACUCCGCCGUGGCCUCGGUCCACAGUCACACGACCGGCGAGCACCACGACCAGGGACCAUCUCGGCUCCAAUGUCCACCGGUCAGGGCGCGAGACCUGCAUUCCGAUGCUGAACUGUCAUUUACACUGGAACCGCUUACCAUCAGGAUGCACUGAGGAUAAAGUCGGAAGCCAAUGCCCUAUUUUCGGGUACGUCAUCAUCCCGUCAAAGUCACCUCUCCGGCCACUCGUGAACCACGACAAUCGGCAAGCUGACUUUCGUAUAUCCUAUGCCCCGUCACAGCUUCCAAGUACCGACCAUCCCUCGACCUCUACACCGCUUCCUUGAACAAGAACCCGUUCGAUCCGAUCGUCUGGUCCAACCGUCAGUCGGUCGGCCCCCGCCUGCUGUCGCACCUUUCGAGCCUGACACCGUUCCCUGACAUGUCACCCGUUCUCUUUCCACAGGGGCCGCUGUCCGGCUAAAGCUUGAAGAGUAUGGACUCGCCAUCGCCGAUUCGACGCGAGCGAUCGAACUCGAUGCGAGAGCAGUCAAGGUCAGACGACAAGAACUCGCUCGCUCGGCACCGCGAUGGUCCUCGAAGCUGAUAAACUCGAGAACAUCGCUACACAGGCCUAUUUCCGCAGAGCGAUUGCGAAUUUGGCCAUCAUGAAACCCAAGGCUGCCUUGGUCGACCUGAAAAAGGUGCAUGUUCGAUAAACGAUCGUUCGGUGAAGCAGACGCUGACGAGCUAGACCCCAUCGUUGGAAACGGCGCAGGUCAUCUCACUUGAUCCCAACAAUGCCUCCGCCAAAGCCCAGCUCGACGCCACCCAGAAGCUCCUGCGCCGGUUGCAGUUCGAAGCCGCCAUCUCGGCCAAGGACGAAGUUCUGACCUCGACCAAGAUCCUCGAGCAACUCGCUCACGGCGCUUUGCCCAUCGAAGCGAGCUACGCCGGACCCCGAUUACUGACCGAAGAGGAAGGCAAAGCCCUGAGACCGACAAGCGAAUUCGUCGACGAAUUGAUCGAGUGGUUCAGGAAAGGGGAGACAAUUCCCAAGCGGCUGGCAUGGCAGAUCGUGUUGGGCGCGUACGAGAAGCUGAAGGAGGAGAAGUCGUUGGUUAAAGUGACAAUUCCGCAGGGAGAAACCAUGAAUGUGUACGGAGCCCCACUUCAUCCCCAAAGUUUCUGUCUGAAGCGCUUGAUCCAUGCUGAUCUGCUCGACCCCUCCAUGUUCCACAGCAUUGGUGACACCCACGGCCAGUUCUAUGAUUUCUACCACCUUCUCACCCUCACCGGUCGGCCAUCAGAGACACAUUCACUCUUGUUCAACGGCGACUUUGUCGAUCGCGGAUCGUGGUCGACCGAGAUUGUAUUGGUCCUGUUCGCGUACAAAUGUACGCCGCGUAACAUGCUUCACUUUUGGGACUCGCUGCUGACCCUAACGAAUGUCCUUGCACUGUUCCAUCAUAGGGCUCUACCCCACCAAGGUCUUUUUAAACCGAGGCAACCACGAAACAGCGGACAUGAACAAGGUGUACGGAUUUGAAGGGGAAACGAAGAAGAAGUACUCCGAAAUGACGUACAAGCUCUUCGAAGAGGUCUUCACCGCUCGUGAGUCGAUCCCUCGAUUCGAGCCUCUCCUUUGACCACAACAUUGACCGGGAACUUUACGUGAUUGAUUUGCAGUGCCUUUGGCGACUCUCAUCUCGGCAUCUUCACCGACAAACGCUAUGCCGAGUGAUACCCCGAAAAACCCAAUCCUCUGCCAGAACAAGAAGCGCUACUUCGUCGUCCACGGCGGCCUCUUCUCGCGCGACGACGUGACCCUCGCCAACAUCGCCGCAAUUGACCGCAUCAGUCUGAAGCAACCGGGCCACGAAGGCUUAAUGUGCGAGAUGUUGUGGACCGACCCUCAGGAUACCGCGGGGCGAGGUCCUUCGAAGCGUGGGGUCGGGAUCGGCUUUGGUCCGGACGUGACGAGGAGGUGGUGCGAGUUGAACCAGGUGACUGCUGUGAUGAGGAGUCAUGAGGUGCGACAAGGCGGUUAUUCGGUCGAGCAUGACGGAUUAUGCAUCACCGUCUUUUCAGCGCCCAACUAUGUGAGUCAUUCUCAUUCACGUCAGCAUCACCGGCAAGAGCUGAUGAUAACCCGCCUGCACCACUCUUCAGGUAGACCAAGUCGGCAACCUCGCUGCCUUCGCGACGAUUGACGAGACAGGAUCUAUCAAGUACACCACCUUCAAAGAGCAACCGCACCCCAACAUCAAGCCGAUGGCGUAUGCGGGUCAGAUGGCCAUGAUGUGA